AUGGCCGCACCACCUCAGACCACAUGCACCAACUUAUCGGGCAAGUUCGCCUUGAACAAGUCCCUCUCCGACGACGUCGACGCCAUGCUCGAGUUGCAGGGCAUCAACUGGGCUAUUCGCAAGGUCAUCAGCCUGGCUAGCGUUGUGCUCACGGUAAAGGAAUACACCAAAGACGCUACGACGCAUAUCGAUGUCACCACCGUCGUGGCCGGCCUCGACAAGACCCAGGAAGACCGCGUCUUGAACUGGCAGGAUGCCGAGCACGUCGACAAGAUCUUCGGCAAGUGUCGGCAUAGAGCACGCCUCGUCAAGAUCAGCGAGUAUCAUCUCGAGGGGCCCGGGUCGGCCGAGGACGCUGCCUUCCUUAGGGGGGAGAAGUUGAAGGAUGGGAGGACGGAUUCGCGGUUCGAGGUCGACGAGGUCGUUCAGAGUUGGGUGGAGAGCACUGGUGGUGGCGCUGGCUGGAAGUGUGAGCAGGUCUGGGGGUUUGAGGUGAUCAAUGGCGAGAGACGAUAUACGAGGCGGGUUGUCGUUUGGAACGCGGGCAAGGUGGUCAGGACGAGGAUCGUGUAUGACUACAAAGGAGAGGGUAAAAGGGGUUGA